UUAACACAACUCAAGCACAGAACUAGUGUGCUGUUGCAACGAUCUUUGGUCAUGUCUGAUAUUCAAGAUCAUUUGAACGUUCUCGUCGUUUGCGCUUCGGAGUCGGAGCUGCAGGCUGCGAUAGCUAUUCUAGAGAACGGAACGAACGGCAAGUUUGAAAACAAAUACACACAUCUCACCGAUCUCAGCAGGCUCAACGUCAGAGUGUGUGAAGGAUGGAAUUCUACAGAAACGAAGGUGGGCGUGGUCGCACAAACCGAAAUGGGAGGAACCGAGAGUCAAGUGUUGCUUUCCAAUCUCGCCAAGUACUUUACAGCUACCGCAGUGGUGAUGACGGGGAUCUGCGCUGGAGAGGAGAACAGACAUGGUCACGUGGAGCACGGUUGUGUGUUCAUCGCCAAACGAACGACAGCAGAGAUGGGAGGGAAGGUGGAAGAAGGCGGAGAUUUCCAGGCUAGAGCACAAUACUGUGAGCUCGACAAAGGUAUCCUUGCGUCAGUCAAUGAAUUGGUUCACGCAGAUUCUAAAGUCUGGUUGAAGUACAUUCCAGAGAACGCUGUUCGUCCGAGUCCUCGUUAUCUUCAACAACUCAUCCUAGACUUUGCGAUCAAGAGUGGGCAGGACGGCAUUAGCAAGAGAGAACUAUUGUACAAGAUGGUGGACAAGAAAUUACCUGGAAUGGCUACGAUGAGUGAUGCUAAGAUUCGUGUCACUUAUGAUGAAAUUCUGGACACAAUGAUAAAAUCGUCAUCUGCUUGGAUUAGUCCAUCUCCAACAGCAAAACAUAGGUACAUUGCUACUGACGAAGGAAACGAUUAUGCAUCCAAUGAAGCUAGUUUUCCGCGUGAAGAUGAGAUCAUAGGCAUUGUCGAUUCCAUGCUCUCGUUGUCACACGAGCAUAUGAACCUGAAGGCAGAGUUGAGUGCUUACAAAAUACGCGUGGCCGACAGUAAGGUGAAGGCAGUAGACAUGGAAGCUUACUCGUUUAUGAAACAAGCCAUUGAGAGCUUCAGGCGGAGGGGGGUAUCGGGCAAAGCAGUUGUCAUCAAAGGCAUCUCUGACGAUGGCUCUAGUGCAAGCAAAGGACACUAUUUUCAUGUGUAUGCUGCUAGCACGUCUGCUGCCUUUCUACGGCACUUGAUGACAGUUAAACAACAUCUUUUUGUUGAUGAAGAAUUUCAAACGACUAAAAUUCAAUUUAGGCAAUCUCAACAAGGAAAUGAGGCAACGUCCAGUAGGGGUUUUGUAUCACGAGAAUCUCCACAACACAAUGCAAAGCGACAGCGGACAGCACAUUUUCCGAUUGAACUAGAAAAAAGAAAUUUUCCUUAUAUUUGUGGUCGAGACGCAAUUAUCACUGACUUAUCGCACUAUUUCUGGAAAGGAGAUCAUGGAAAGGAAGAGAUUGUCGACAUUACAUAUUUUCGUUUGAUGUGCAUUUGCGCUCCAGGGGGAGCGGGAAAGUCAUGUGUAGCAGCCAACUAUGCAAGAAUUUACAGAAACUCGUAUGAAGGAGGAGUUUUCUUUAUCAGCUCAAGAACAAGCGCAUCCAUACGAUAUUCUCUUUACAAAUAUAUGGUUCUUCUAAGUUGUGAGAAAGAUGACGUUGCAAGUCAAUCAUUGGAAGAAACGAAUGCGCGCUUUUUUAAUCUUCUCAGUCAACGUGGCAGCAAUGCUUUGUUGAUCUACGACAGCAGUGAUGAUUUAAACGUUAUCCAACAAUUUGUUCCGCCUUGCAACAUGAAAGUUCACGUUAUCAUUACGACGAGAUGCAGAGAUCACGAGCUGAUGCAAGAAGGAAAUGUGAUUCAACUGCCAGAGUUGAAUGAAGACGCAGCCGUCGAGUGUUUCUGCCUUUGGGCUGGAAAAUGCAACGAUGACGCAAAGAUGUCAGAAAUAGAAUACAAUGAGAUCAAAGGUAUAGUGACCAAUGGACAAGUGAAGCUAUUGCCACUGGCCAUUCGACGUGUGGCAACAUUGACAAAGAAAACAGGGGUUACUUGCAGGAAGAUGAGAGAAAAUCUGUCAUUGGGGACCGUGCAAUAUCCAGUCGAUGAUUUAAUGGACAAAUUACAUGGUUGGGGAUUGCAGCAUCUACAGCCCAAGCUAACGAGUUCGGGUAUUGCACGGAUCGACCAAAUUUUAGCUGCCGACGUCGCCUCACUGGCCAAAUCGUGCGACAUUUGUACGAGUGAUGAAGAGAAGCUGAAGACUAUGAAGGAAAGACUAAAUGUCGACAGGGAAGCACCGAUGCAAUGGGAUCUUGAUCUAGAGGAAGUAGCAAGAAGGUCCGAAGAUGCAGAGAAAAUUCUCAGUUUUUCUUCUCUGAUGGACACGAGCUCCAUUCCUACUGAGGUUAUUCGUGCAGCUGUUAUGGUUGACGGGGAGCCGAGAAUCGGAGGAAAUGAGUUUGAAUUCCUUCUGCAUUUGUUGUCCGACGACUUUUCUCUACUCAUGUUUCAUGACAAGGAACGCACGUGUGACAUUCAUGCGCUCAUUCAGCAGUCUGUUGUAAGCCACAUGAAGAGAAGAGACAAAUUGCUACCUUUUCUCAUUUGUUUGACAAAGUGUAUGCAAGACAUGUUACCAAAUUCUGACGAAAUACAUCGCAACCUCAACAACAGCAAGUUGAUUGCAUUAGCUCCACACGUUUACAGCGUUUGUGAUCACAUUUUGAAAUCGAAAUGUCUACAGCAAGAAUGUCUACAGCUCCUAGAGUUUUCUUGUGAGUUGGCAUAUUAUUUUCACGACAUUCCAACAGCCAAGCAUUUAGCAGAAGAGACAUUGAAAAUUCGUCGUCAACUCGGCAUUCGCAGUAUUAACGAUGCAAUUGAAAUGAGCAGCAGUCUGAUUUCUGUUGGUGAUGCGUACGAUCUAAUGAGUAGACCUGACAUGGGAAAGCCAUACUUUGAAGAAGCCGUACAAGUGUUGCAAGCAUUUGGCGACGACAGUUUUCUUCCUAGGACCUAUGGUGUUGCUUUAGAACGGUUAGGAUGUUGCUACUUGAACAUGAACAACCUGGAAGAUGCAGAGCGGUUGUUGACGAAAGAGCUGGACUGGCAAAGAGAACGGGGAGAAGACGAUGCGAGCAUAUCAACUUCGCUAAAUGACCUUGCUCUCGCAUACGAAACUGACGGGAAAUACGACAAGGCGAUAAAGACAUAUGAAGAGUCGCUCGAGUUGAAGAGGCGAUGCGAUGACGGAAAUCUAGUGGGAAUGUCUACGAUUCUCAUCAAUCUCGGUAGCUGCUACAGAGACAGCGGGAAACUUGAGAAAAGUUUGACUUUACUUGAGGAGGCAGUGAAAAUCAGCCGAUCAUGCUACUCAUCUUCUCAUCCCUUCUUGGCACUUGAUAUAUAUCAACUUUCCUGUACGUACGAUUUACUUGACAGAAAAGAUGAAGCUUGCAAAUUGGCAAGAGAAGCGUUGGAUAUUGCAAACGUAUCAUUACCGUCAUCACAUCCUCAAUUGGCCGUGUAUAUGAACCAUUUGGGAAAUUGUUGUCGAUCACAAGGAAACUACAAUGAAGCCAUCUCGUGGCAUGAGAAAGCUAGACAAUUGCUGCAACAACAAGAUCAAUCACCUCAACGAGACAAAGAGAUGGCUACAACACUAAAUGGCCUUGGUCUCGCAUACCUAAGAGACGGUAAAUACGACGAGGCGAUAAAGACAUAUGAAGAGGCACUCGAGCAAUGCGAUGACGGGAAUCGAGUGGAAAUGUCUACGAUUCUCAUCAAUCUUGGUUGCUGCUACAGAGACAGCGGGAAAAUUGAGAAAAGUUUGAGUUUACUUGAGGAGGCAGUCACAAUCAGACGAUCAUGCUACUCAUCUUCUCAUCCCUUCUUGGCACUUGCUAUAUAUCACCUUUCUUCUACGUGCGAUUUACUUGACAGAAAAGAUGAAGCUUGCAAAUUGGCAAGAGAAGCGUUGGAUAUUGCAAACGUAUCAUUACCGUCAUCACAUCCUCAAUUGGCCGUGUAUAUGAACCAAGUCGGUCGUUGUUGUUUAUCACGAGGAGACUCCAACGAAGCCAUAGUGUGGUAUAAGAAAUCUCACCAAUUGCUGCAACAACUACCUUCUUCACCUACACGAGACGAUCUCUUGGCAACAACUCUUAUCAAUCUUGGUAUCUGCUACAGAAACAGCGGGAAACUUGCGAAGAGUUUGAGUUUACUUGAGGAGGCCGUCACAAUCAGCCGAUCACGCUACUCAUCUUCUCAUCCCUCCUUGGCACUUGCUAUAUCUCAUCUUUCUUCUACGAACGAUUUACUUGACAGAAAAGAUGAAGCUUGGAAAGUGGCAAGAGAAGCGUGGGAUAUUGCAAGCGCAUCAUUACCGUCAUCACAUCUUCAAUUGGCCGAGUAUAUGAACAAUUUGGGAAGUUGUUGUCGAUCACGAGGAAACUACGAUGAAGCCAUCUCGUGGCAUGAGAAAGCUAGACAAUUGCUGCAACAACAACAUCAAUCACCUCAACGAGACAAACGCAUUGCUACAAAUUUGUAUUUAUUGUCUUUCGACCAUGACGAGAAAGGAUGUUAUGAAGAAGCUAUAAAGUUGUGUUUGGAAGCAAUAGAAAUGCAACAAGAGAGUCAUUCUCCAAAUCCUCUUGAUAUCGCAAUUUAUACGAUGAGGUUAGGUUCGUAUGAAAUGAAGGCCGCAAGACUUGAAGCGUCUCUAGCCCAUUUGCAAUCUUCCUUGUUUGUUUUACAAGACACACUACCUACUAGUCAUCACACUGCAGAUUGUCACUUUUGCCUUGCUACGUCGUUUCUUGUCAUGAAAGAAGCGUCCCAAGCCAGUGUGCAUGUAGAGAAAUGUCUUGAGAUACGAAAGACGAUUUUUCCAGUUGGUCACAGCAAAAUAGAGGAAGCCGAGUGGUUCAAACAAGAAAUUCAAGGGAUGAAUGAAAAUGCAACUGAUUGACAUGAUAUUCUUACUUGCUGAUUAUGUGUUGCUGUCUGCUUGUGUUCUUGCUAGAAUUGAUGCAAUUGUUUUGCUUGGCGCACAAGAUACGUCUGUUUCCGUGUGUAUACCGCACUCAUCCACUAAAUAUGCUCAUACUGCAACUGAUGAGAAGAAAAUUUAGCAAUGGACAUCGUUAUUGAUUAG